UUAGUCAGCUCUCUUAAUCCGUUGUUGGAAGCUCGGGGUUGCGCGAUCAGGAAGGGUCGGCACACGAGCGAAGUAAGAGUGGGUACGAUGUCCGAUGGGGAUUUGCAAUGCACCUGCCACGUUUCAGCGAGCGAUAAACAGGACGUUCCAAAAUUUCGUCAACAAGACACGACUGACGCAAGGAAUGAUCAACUUCUGUGUGAUCGUGUACAUGGACGACAUCCUGGUCUAUUCGGAGACCUAUCAUGGGCACGCGCAACACAUCGAAUGGACAUUGGGCGCAUUGAGAGACGCGGGGUUCAAGAUCGCGUUUGAGAAGAGUGAAUUUUUCCUUUCGGAAAUUUCGUUCUUGGGCUACGUCGUGACACGUGGAGGACUGCGGCCGGACUCGAGAAAAGUUGCGGCGGUGAAGGAAGCCCCAGUUCCCACAUCACUGACACAGGUUCGAGCCUUCUUGGGGCUGGCGUCAUACUAUCGGCGCUUCAUCAAGGGCUUUGCCGCGAUUGCACGACCGCUAACGAAUCUGCUACGGAAGGACCAACCUCUUAAUUGGGACGCGGAGUGCCAGCAGGCCUUUGCAACCCUCAAAGACACUCUGGCAAUUGCCCCUAUUCUGAUUCGACCGGACCCCUCGAAGCAGUACAUUCUCAUCACGGACUGGCAACCGGAAGCUAUUUCCGCUAUUUUAGCGCAGAAGGGGAACGAUGGUCACGGACACGUCAUCGAGUACGCGUCACGAACCGUGCCGGACGAACAAAGAAACGACUCUGCACCUCAAGGUGAAUGCUGUGCAGUGGUCUGGGGAAUCCAGCACUUCCAUCCGUAUCUCUACGGACAGAAGUUUCGUCUCGUGACGGAUCACGAGCCCCUGCUAGCUUUGAAGAAGCUCACCAACUACACGGCCAUGAUUGGCCGUUGGGCGGUGCGACUACAAGAAUACGACUUCGAUAUCGUCCAUCGAAAGACAGAGCGACACGGCAACGCGAACGGGCUGACACGUCUGCAUCGACCUGCCAAGGUACCCAAGGGCGAGGAAAUUACACUUACGGCUGACGUGGACCGAGGGCAAAGCACACCCGCCUUGCAUAGAGCGACUAGAGUUGCUGUUUAUCCAUGCCUGGCGCACCAACGUGGAGGGAGAGCUCCUCGCAUUCCUAUUCGGUCAAGUAGGCCCGGCCAUCAGGAGCUUAUCACACAAGAGCUCACGAUUCCGAUAGCGCAGCUGGCGGAUGAUCUCCCUCUUGACAUCAUCUCGCAGGACGAUGAGCACCCGAUUCCUCACGUACUUUCUCGCACGUUCACGCCGUAUCUCCAGUGGUCGACUUGUGUGGAGGGAGCCGCAAAGCGCAUCCCGCCGUCACAGCGGCAGUAUUUGGAUCCCCGGACGGUUCGCGAUCUUGCCUUCUUCAGGCAUCCAACGGCAAAACAACUUGCUGCCAUUCGAGAAGAAGAAGAGGAGGAAGAAAGCACGGAGAGUGACGAAGGAGAAGACGAAUGGGAAGAAAGUGGGGAAAGCGACGAAGUACUCGGAGAAGAGGACGAAACCCCCGAAGAAGGAAGCUAUACCGAGCAUAGCGAAGGGGAGCAGAGCGAAGAAGAGGAAGAGAGUGACGAAGGAGAAGAGGAGCACGACGAAGAGCCAGCUGAAUCAGAGUGGGACGCCGUGCCGGAAGAAGCGCUGCGCACAGGUACCGAGGCAGAGGAUCCCGAGGCGGCCUGUAAAAGAGAAGAGAUCUGCAGAUCUGCGACGACCCGCACCGAGAUCCGGCGCCGCCCCGACCUGAAGAUGGCGACCUCGCGGCCAUGACUCCGGCCCCAUCGGCAUGGCGACGAAGCCGAUCCCCCUCCUCCCCAACCCGUCCCCCAGUUCGCCAACGUACCGAUAUG